UGUGUAAUUGUGUCUCAUUAAUAGCACGGGGAGGGAAGGAUACUAACAACUGUUUGUGGCUCCGUGAAAACUGAACUGUGCACUCUAGGACAUCUCUGUUUCAUAAAUACUUUCUCUUUUGUGAUAUUUGACACAACAGUUUGAGUUCAUACUUGUUAACUCUUUUUCCAUGCUUCUCGUUAUGCUCGCAUUACCAAGAUUUGCAUCUAUCAGAUAAUCAUAAUUCAGACCACUAGAAUCAUCCAUUUUAGUAUAGGACGGCAACAUACAUGGACACUAUUUAUUUCUCUGGAUAGAGGGAAUCCUAUAUCUCUAACAAAGCACACUAUGUUUUUAGCACAACUAACCUUUAUAAUGAAUUAGGUCAAGCUACUGUGAAAUCUUCUAAACCUUUGGAUAGCGUCAAAUAUCCUCUAACUCGUAUGCCAGCUUUACAUAGGCGUUGUUGGUAGUGAGUUUUUGCUAAGCUUUUAGUGGUUUGGAGGCAGAUUAGAGGUUGGAGCAACCAAUUUCGCUAUUGGUUUGUAGUAAGGAUUGUGCAACUAAUAUUGAAAAAGCCCUUCAGCCUAAAAUUUUGGGAUAAUGAUGAAGGAUAGGAAAUCAGUUUGUAAACAUACUAGCUUACCCCCAAAUUCUGUAAUAUAGAAGCAUAUUUAUGCUCUUCUAUGUAAUCUUAUAUCCAUCAUAUUCUAACUAGCUUACUCUGCCGAACACUUUUUAAGCAAACCACCAAUUCAGUAAGCUGGUCAGAUAAGAUAAUACAAUAAGCUAGUCAGAUCAAUCAAUAGAUCCCUUCCAACUAAUUACUAACUGCUAAUUGCCAAGCAGGAGUAUAAUGCCAUUGUUUGGAAUUUUUGUUGCUCAAAUUGGAAGAUCUUUAAUUAUUUCUAAGAUUCAGAUGUAUUUGGUAUUUAUACAAUCUAUGUUAUGCUAUUGUAUGAGUUUCAUGAUGGAUAACUCUACAAGUGAAGUCAUGGCACUCAGCUCAAAGGAAGGAAAACAAGCUACUAAUGGAGAUUUUGGAUCUGGUGCUACUAAAUGGGAUUACAAUACAGCAAAUGAAGGCGGGGAAGCUCGUUGCUUAAGGAGAAGUGAUCUUGUUGAUGCCCUAGCCAAUGCACUACCAUCAGAGACAAUACGUUUUGGCUGCCAACUUGUAUCUGUGAACAUCGAAGGAUCAAGUUCAUAUGCAGCUCUUCAACUCCAUGAUGGGAGCUUAAUCAAGGCUAAGGUAUUAAUUGGCUGUGAUGGAGCAAACUCAGUCAUUGCAAGUUACAUUGGCUUGAAGCCUACACGGCCAUUUUCUACAUGUGCAGUCAGAGGUCUGACUACUUAUCCCAAUGGUCAUGGAUUUGCUCCUGAGUUUUUGAGAAUGAGGAAAGAUAAGCAUUUAGUUGGAAGAAUCCCGAUUGAUGAAAAGACAGUUUACUGGUUUGUCGUUUUACAAUGGAUUCAAAAAGAUGCAGAGAUGCCAAAAGACUCUACGUCCAUCAGACAAAUGACAUUAGACAUGACAGCUGGUUUCCCUAACGAUAUUGUGGAUAUGAUAGAAAACAGUGACUUAAGCUCUUUGUCACUCACAAGAUUGAGAUACCGUGCUCCAUGGAAUCUGCUUUCUGGAAACUUCCGUAGAGAAACUGUAACAGUAGCCGGGGAUGCUUGGCAUGUUAUGGGUCCUUUCCUUGGGCAGGGUGGGUCUGCAGCUUUAGAAGAUGCAGUUGUUCUUGCUAGAUGUUUAGCAAAGAAGCUAAGUAAUGCUGAUCUCAACGGGCAUUUGUCAACACGGUUGGCUAAGGAAGCUUUGGAUGAAUAUUUGAACGAAAGAAGGCGGCGAGUAGUGCUCUUAUCAACCCUUACUUACCUUAGAGGUUUAUUGUUGGUAGAAGAUCCCUCGUUGCUGUUGCGAUUCCUGUGCAUCAUAAUCAUAACUGUUCUUUUUCGAGAUCCAUUGAAUCACAUAAGAUAUGAUUGUGGUGAACUCUGAGGCCAUUUCUUUAAGCAGCAUAACUGGCUUCAGUCAGAAAACUCUGUAGAGACUUUUCUUUAGCCUCUUUGAUGUUAACUGUAAAUGGUUUAUGCAUUUGUCGUGUUAGAUUGAAACGAGUUUCCGUCUAAAGAAUGUUAUACUUUCUCCGUAAUAGAAAGAAUGUAGCAGUUGAGUAUUAUUUGUAAGGUAUAAAAUAUUCAAUUAUUGCUUUCUUUUUGUUAUUGAGGAAGUAUAUAUAUAUUCCUAGCUAUUAUGCAUUCUAAGUUA